AUGACCGACAAUUGUCAAGUCUAUCCUAAUUUAUCAAUCGAAGAAACAAUUAUUCAACAACACAUUGAACAGACAAGUGGUCAUCUUGUGUAUAAAUUUGAUAAAUUGUUUAUUCGUCAUUGGGAUGAAUAUAUGCUAGGUAAAUGUCAUCAUCGAUUUAUUGCUUCCAUUGCACGAAACUCACAAUGGUCAUUUAAUGACAAUGGAAAUUCAUUUGCUUUCACACGACAACACGAUGAAACAAGUCAAGUUGUCUGGUCAACAAAUCUAGAUAAACCACCUGUUGCAUUUUUAAUCCAUGGUGGUUCACAAAAUAGUUGGUAUAAUACAUGGGGUCGAGGAUGGAGUUUUCAAGCAUUUGCUGCUCAAGGUUAUGCAGUGAUUGCCAUUAAUUUUCACGGGUCGGAUUCCUAUGGACAAAAUUUUACUGAUAGUAUUACUGGUGAGUAUGGUUCAUUACAUUGUGAAGAUCUUCAAUUAGGACUUACAGCUGCUUUAAAACGAUAUCCAUAUAUUGAUGAAACUUGA